AUGAAUGCUCAGACAAUUGCUUGCAGAGAAGUCGAAACUGCCGGUCGGGCAUGCUUAAAAGCAUGUGAAGCAGCGAAGAAUUGCGUUUUGCCGCAAUUACGGCACGAAGGUUUGUUGCUUCACAAAAAUCUGUCCAUUCUAGGUGUGGAGUUUACACGGCAUGCUUCACAAUUUAUCGGUUGUGUAGCAGCUUAUGUGGUAGAGAUGAAGCGAUGCGUAGCGUUAGAGAAGACGUUUCCUGCUCCUACUGAACCGUCGAUCACCCCUCAACAGAUAGCUAAUAUGGAAGCAAUGUUGGUGACGUUAGAAAAUCUGAUCACUGUACAUUUCUCCACCAGCGAGUCAUCCCCUACCGAUAAGGUGACUCCGAGGCGGCGACGAGCGACAUCAUGUCGACCGCAAUGUGUAUGUUCAAAGCUCAAAACGAGCUAUGCCUGA